ACAUCUUAUGAACAAUUUAUUAUUAGUACUUAGAUUUUUGAGUAUGGUGUUAUUAAAUUCUUUGUCAGUUUUCUUGAUUUUCUAUCCUUUGAUGAAUUUUCAUUCAGUUGUAGCUCAGAAUCAAACACAAAAUAGUAGUAAUAGCUGCCUCAAUGAAUUCAAGUGUGGGAAUAUUGGAAAUGUGAGUUUUCCUUUUUCUAUGAAUCAGUCACAACCUGAUUGUGGAUUGUACACUAUAGAUUGUGAUGUUACUCCGAAUCCAACAAUUCACCUAGGAGAAAAUGUUUAUAGUGUUCUGCAAAAACGGUUGUUUGAUCGUUUUCGAGUUUUAGACCUUAGGCUUCAUGACUUGUUGGCGAAAAACAGUUGUCAUUCUUUUGAUAGAAGUAUAUCGUUUCCAAGUUCUCCUUCUAUCUCGUUUGGAAUCAACGAACGUAAUCUUACCUUGUUUAGAUGCAAUGAUAGUCUAGAUAUCAAUAGAACCAUGAAUGAUGAUCAUUUUCGCGAUUAUCUGAACUAUAGUAAAUGUAGUGGCUUCAACAUAUACUACAAGUAUCCUAGAAGAGAACGGGAAGGUUCCUUGGAUGCACCAGAGGGAUAUAUUCCGGGUAACUGUUCACCUAUUCAAUUGCCAAUUACAUGGGGGUCACUGUCAAAUGCUCGAAAUAGUAAUAGCUUGUUUGAUCUCAUAACUGCGAAUUUUGCAAUUCAGUGGAGCCUGUCUGAUGAUUGCAGUAAAUGUUUCUAUGGAGGGGGUCGAUGUUUAACAGACAACAACAACAAUUUUCUUUGUUCCACAGCAGUACGAAGAAAAUCAAGACGAACUCUAGUUGCAGUUAUUUCUUCUAUCGGAGGAAUUGCAAUGCUAGUUCUCUUACUCCUCUACUUGAGAACAAAAUACUCACUGAUUUUCUGGAAGACGAAAGGAGAGGAUUACAGAAUUGUAAAAGCCUUCUUGAAGAACCAUGGAUCACUCGUGUCAAGGAAGUACAGUUAUUCUGAAGUUAAAAAGAUGACAGAGUAUUUCAAAAAUAAACUUGGUCAAGGUGGCUAUGGUUCUGUGUACAAGGGAAAGUUACAUAAUGGGAGUCUUGUGGCAGUCAAGGUCUUGAAGGAAUCGAAGGGCAGGGGAGAAGAGUUUAUCAAUGAGGUGGCGAGUAUCAGUAGGACUUCUCACAUUAAUAUUGUAUCACUUGUGGGAUUUUGUUUUGAGGGUCAAGACAGAGCUCUCAUAUAUGAUUUCAUGCCCAAUGGGUCCCUUGAGAAGUUCAUUUUCGAUGCAAAAUCUGGGACAAAUCGUCAACUAGGAUGGCAAACAUUGUACAACAUUUCGCUUGGCAUUGCUAGAGGAUUGGAGUAUCUGCAUCGCGGUUGCAAUACUAGAAUCCUACAUUUCGAUAUAAAGCCUCACAACAUUCUUCUUGAUGAAGACUUUUGUCCAAAAAUAUCCGAUUUUGGCCUUGCAAAACUAUGUAACAAUAAGGAAAGCAUCGUGUCUUUAUUGGGCGCAAGAGGGACUAUUGGCUACAUUGCACCUGAAAUUGUGUGUAAAAACAUUGGAGGAGUUUCUCACAAGUCAGAUGUGUACAGCUAUGGUAUGAUGGUCCUCGAGAUGGUUGGAGGAAGGAAUAAUGUUGACGUUGUUGUUGAUCGUACCAGUGAAAUAUACUUUCCACACUGGAUUUACAAACAAAUUGAACAAAAGAAAGAGCUUGGAUUAACUGACAUUGUAGAGGAAGAGGAUAAAGAACUUGCAGAGAAGAUGAUACUGGUGAGCCUGUGGUGCAUACAAACCGAUCCGUCCAUCAGGCCUUCUAUCAGUAUGGUUGUAGAGAUGUUACAAGGUGAACUCGGAUGUUUGCAAAUGCCUCCGAAGCCUUUCUUGUAUUUUUCUUCAGUAUCAGACGAAGACAUGCCUACUACUACCCAUAUGGUUUAAGAAAGGACAGUUGUAGUUUGUUGUUGAUCUAAACUUAUCAAAUCUUAGCAGAAACUAUGCAUCAAGAGCUGAAAAAGAACUUAGAUGUUGAAAAGAUUAUAUGUAUAAACGCUUACAUGUUUGGACAGAAAUGCUGAAAACAAUACUAAGCAGUUAAUGUGUUUGG